AUGGGACAUGAGGAGCAUGGAGGGACUUGGCACAUGGAAGCAGCUCAACUGGAUACGCAAAGGAAGAAGGGAGAAGCCAUCUUGAAGACCAGCUCGACCGUCUACUCGACCAACCGGUCGAGUUCCUCAACUCGACCGGCCAAGCUUCAACUCGAUCGAGCUGAGAAAGGGGAAUGGAAACCCUUUGGGAAUGGACUCGGUCGAGCUAGGCAAACUCGACCGAUUGGUCAAGGAGAUGCUCCAAACCGCCACCAACAGAGACAAGGGAUUGUUCCACCACCAGUGCAGAACCACAACUUUGAGAUCAAGCUGGGAAUGAUCAACCUUGUCCAGAACAAGAUGUUCCAUGGAUUGCCAAGUGAAGACCCCAUUGACCACCUUGAUGAGUUUGAUAGGCUUUGUGAUUUGACAAAGAUCAAUGGUGUCUCUGAAGAUGCCAUCAAGCUGAGACUCUUUCCUAUGUCUCUAGCUGACAAAGCUCACCAAUGGGAGAAGAGCUUGCCCCAUGGCACAAUCACCACUUGGGAUGAAUGCAAGAAGGCCUUUCUUGCUAAGUUUUUCUCCACCGGUCGCACAGCCAAGCUUAGAGGAGAGAUAUCCAGCUUCAUCCAGCGAAACAAUGAGACAUUCGCAGAGGCUUGGGAGAGGUUCAAAGGCUACACAAGUCAGUGCCCACACCAUGGAUUCAACAAUGAAUCACUACUCUCCACUCUUUAUAGAGGAUGCUUGCCUAGGUAUAGGGAGAUGCUAGACACAGCUAGCAAUGGGAACUUCCUCAACCAGGAUGUAGAUGAUGGCUGGCAACUUGUGGAGAACAUGGCCAUAUCAACAGAAUGCUAUGGAGAGCACUAUGAAAGUACAGACUGGAGCUCGACCGCGCACUCGAUCGAGCUGGACGCUCAGAUGAGAAAAGACAUGCUUGCACUCAACUCGAAGUUGGACAAACUGAUCCUAGCCCAAUUCCCUGCCAAGCAUGUCAACUAUGUCUCAGAACAAACCUUAGUCAAGGACCAGGAAGGGGAGGAGACAACACAAGAGGUUUGCUACAUUCAAAAUAGACAAGGAAGCUAUAGGAAUCCUCAACAAGGGAGAUACAACAAUUAUCAAGCCCCCUGGCCGCACCAACAACAAAGUGUUCCACAAGGUUCAACCAAGGACUACUCAUACCCAACCAACUCAAGAUUGGGAUAUGAAGGAAAUGCUCCAACAACUUUUACAAGGGCAAGCCAAAGGUUCUCUGGAAAUGAACAACAAGCUGAACUCGAUCGAGCUGGAGAAACUGAGACACUGCAAGACAAACCAGAGCUCGAUCGAGCUCAGAAGAGAACAGACAAAGCAAACUCCAGCCAACCAGCUAAACCUGUUGCAAAGAAGAAAGACACUCCAGCAGGACCACCACCAUACAAGCCCCCUCUGCCCUUUCCAGGAAGGUUCAAGAAACAACUGUUGGAAGCACACAAGGCCAAGUUUGAUGAACUAAUGAGACAGCUUGAGUUGAAGUUGCCCUUCAUCGACGCCUUGAUGCUCAUUCCACCUUAUCAGAAAUUUCUGAAGGAUGCUGUUCAGCAAAGAACCAGGGAAGCACAAGGGAUGGUAGUGUUGACUCGCGAGUGCAGUGCAAUCAUUCAGCGGAAGGUCAUCUCCGACAAAAAGGAAGAUCCGGGGAGUUUCACUUUGCCCUGCAUGUUGGGACCCCUAUCUUUCAAAAACAGCCUCUGCGAUCUAGGAUCAUCUGUCAGCCUCAUGCCUUUGUCUGUAGCAAAGAGACUGGGAUAUCACAAGUACCAAGCCUGCGGAAUCUCACUAGUCUUGGCAGAUAGAUCGAUAAGGUUACCAACUGGGAUGCUUGAAGACCUGCCUUUGAGGAUAGGGAAUGUGGAAAUCCCCACAGACUUCAUUGUGCUUGAGAUGGAUGAGGAACCAACAGAUCCAUUGAUUCUAGGAAGGCCAUUCCUAGCUACAGCAAGAGCAAUGAUAGAUGUCUGUGAAGGAACAAUUGAGCUUAAACUUGGGAAAGGACCUGAAGAUGAAGCCAGUUUGCGAAGUCAUGGCAGUGAGCUCGAUCAAGAACUCGAUCGAGUCGAGCCUCGAACAAACGAACUCGAUCGAGCUGGGGCUGAAUGCAAGGAGCAAGCUCAAGGAGAUUGGUCUGAGCUCAAGGCGCCUAAAGUCGACCUCAAACCUUUGCCUGAGGGCCUCAGGUAUGCAUUUCUGGGUGAAAACUCAACUUACCCUGUCAUUGUGAACUCUGAUUUGGAACCUGAACAGUUGAGUGCUUUGCUUGUUGAAUUGAGGAAGUACAGAAAGGCAAUAGGUUACACUCUAGAUGAUAUCAAGGGGAUCUCCCCUGACCUAUGCAUCCAUAGGAUUCAUCUAGAGGAUGAAAGUAAGUCAAGCAUUGAACCUCAGAGAAGGUUGAACCCCAAUCUAAAGGAAGUAGUGAAGAAAGAGAUACUCAAGUUGCUUGAUGCUGGGAUAAUCUAUCCCAUCAGUGAUAGCACUUGGAUAUCUCCAGUUCAUUGCGUCCCAAAGAAAGGGGGGAUCACUGUCAUUAAAAACGACAAAGAGGAGCUGAUUCCCACUAGAACAAUAGUGGGGCAUCGCAUGUGUAUUGACUAUAGGAAGCUAAAUUCAGCAUCUAGAAAGGAUCAUUUCCCUCUCCCUUUCAUUGAUCAGAUGUUAGAAAGAUUGGCAAACCACCCUUUUUAUUGUUUUCUUGAUGGCUACAGUGGUUUCUUCCAAAUCCCGAUCCACCCUAAUGAUCAGGAGAAGACCACUUUCACAUGCCCUUAUGGCACCUUUGCUUAUCGAAGGAUGCCAUUUGGGCUGUGCAAUGCUCCAGCUACUUUCCAGAGGUGCAUGACCUCCAUUUUUUCAGAUCUGAUAGAGGAGAUGGUAGAAGUCUUCAUGGACGAUUUCUCAGUCUAUGGAGCAUCCUUCUCCUCAUGUUUGUCUAACUUGUGCAGGGUGUUGCAGAGGUGUGAGGAGACCAAUCUAGUACUCAACUGGGAGAAGUGCCACUUCAUGGUUCGAGAAGGGAUUGUGCUUGGACACAAGAUUUCCGAGAAAGGGAUCGAGCUCGAUCGAGCUAAGGUGGAUGAAGGAUAUAAGGAGUUUUCUGGGUCAUGCAGGGUUCUACAGAAGAUUCAUCAAGGAUUUCUCAAAGAUAGCAAGACCCUUGACAAGGCUUCUGUGCAAGGAGACAGAUUUUGA